CCACUCGCCACAAGGGGAGGGACGAAUCAAAGCGACAAAGGCUGAAUCUCGGUGGAUCGUGGCGGCGAGGCCACUCGCCACUUACAAUACCCCGUCACGUAUUUAAGUCAUCUCGCAAAGGAUUCUACCCGUCGUCCAAUGGAAAUUGUGCUUCAAGGCGUCCCGCAAGGAUGAUCCGCCUCACGAGGGUCACCCACGGCACGUGCCUCCGGGGGCCGAGGCCCCCUGCUGCUGGUCGGCAAGCGAACGACGGGCGCACGCAUCGCUUCUAG